AUGACCACUGGCACCAGCGACACGAAUAGCUCAUCGCGUGCUACUUCACAAGAUUUGGAAGAUCAAUCCGAUGUUUCCUCAUCCGAAAAUUCAGCGUCAACCGUGUCUUCGGCAAACAAACCCGCUACAUCGAAGAAACAAAAAUUGAACAUCAUGAAGAAGGCAAAAGUUACGCUUACUGAUAAGGAUGACAAUACUUCUGAUGUCGAUGAGCUUGGUCAGGACGACAAACUCAACUCGCCUAAGCCUACAACUACUCAUAAGCAAUCUACUCCCAAGGCCACAAAAUCCAAGUCAAAGCCAGUCGCCGAUGGCGAAAAUGACGAUGCCGAAGCUGAGGAAAACCCUACCAAGAAACUUGCCGCCGUCUCCAAGUCUAAGCCAUCUACUGUCAAGAAAGCAGCUGCUACAAACAAGAGAAGCCCUGUAGUAUCUGACGACACCCCUACUGUCUCCGAUGCCGAGAACGAAAAGCCCCUCAAAAAUGCUGCUUCAGCUAAGCCUAACAAGAAGCGAGCUAGGACUUCCACAAAUGAUGGACUUCGCAAAAAGCCUAAAUUACCUACAAAUGCUUACAUUCCCGAUUCCUAUGAGAGUUUGAAUAAGGCAGAUAAGACCCUUUUCGACCUCAAAACCCAGAAUCCCAGUCAUACAUGGAAGGAAAUCGCUGUUCAAUAUAACUUGGUGUUACAAACAAUGCCAGAAACCACGACUAAUGCACUCGAAAAGCGAUGGGCAAGAGUUAAUGCUGCAGGAACCGAGAUUGAACAUGAUGAUAUCCAAAAGAUGUGCGUCUACAAGCGAGAUAUGGAGAACGAAAUUGAGAGGGAGAAAGAUAGGGUAUUGCGAAAGUUUAAGGACAACGAGUGGAUGAAAAUCGCCGAAUAUGUUGCUCGCAAUGGUGGCAAAGAUUACGAUCCGGAUGUCUUGCAGAGAAAGUAUGGUAUUUACAAGCGUCAUGGUCGUAUCGAUGAGAACGAUAAUUACACUGAGUGGACAAAGGAGGAGGAGGAAGAGACAAAGAUUAGGAAGCAUAGCAAGCCCUUAUUGGAUAAGGACUUGCAUGAUACAGGGAUCGCGGGUGGUGAUGAUGAGGAAACUGCUGCUGAGGACAACGCGGACGGUGAAGACGAACUUGCAGAAGAUGAUGUCGACAUCAAAGUUGAUCCCGAUAAAGAUACCAACAUGUUUGGCGAUGACGCAUGA